CUGAAUCCAGACUCUUUUUUGCCUCCUCAGUAGGGGCAUACUUUUUCUCCACGACGGGCACGGUGACCGAAGGCAUCAACCAUGAUCUAAACAUGAUCAUCCCUCCCUCCUACGCCAAAGCCAAGUGGAUCGUGGACCACCUCAUGGCUUAUGCUAGGGCAUAUGGGCUAAUAGGAGGCAUCUUUCGCAUUGGUCAGAUUUGUGGCGAUUCGCAGCAUGGCAUCUGGAAUCAGCGCGAGGCAAUCCCCCUUCUCAUUCAAGCGGCUUCUGUCCUUGGCGUCGUCCCGUAUGCGUAUGUUGAUGGGAAGGAUCAGGUCAGUUGGAUGCCAGUCGAUCAUUUCGCAGAAGGACUUGUGGCCGCAGUGGUGCAUCACGAGGACACUGGUGGCAACAUCCCCGUUUGGAACUUUUCAAACCCUCACCCGACCCCGUGGAGGCGAAUUGUUCGAGCGACUCAGCGAGCACUACCAGGUGGAGCUAGAGCGGUGCCGUAUGACCAAUGGCUGGACAUCCUCAAAGCGCAUAGGAAAGACUCAAGGGUCCUGGCGCCCAAGCUUCUGCCCUAUUAUUCUUCUGGUUUGUUCCCAGCGCAACCGUUCGAGCAUGUGGCGGUGGCAGCCACACUUGCCAAAGAUCGCCUUGAAGGCCGGGGCAGCUGGGAGUUCUGCGAGAUUGACGAGGCACUCAUCAUCAAGAUGAUCAUCAGGUGGAUGGAGGAGGGUUUCAUAGCUUCAGCUGGUCCUCGACUCGCGCAUCUUCACACCUCGCAUCGUGACGCCAAGCUGUGAAUCCUGUCUGUGAUAUCUUUCGGCUAUUCCAAUGCAUCCUUUAUUCCGAG